UUGCAUUUGUGGAUGCAGCAUUGUACUUUCACAGACAGUGAUUUUCAGAAGUGUUCCUGAGUCAAUGCAGUGAUUUCCACUAAAGAAGUGCCACCUGAGUGCCCGAAGAACACACCCACCCAAUUUUGGUUUUCGGCCAUGUCCCUUGUGUACAGAGAUUCUUUUAAUGAUAUUAUGUACCGUAAAUGAUGAGAUACCCAAACUUUCCCCCUGAGAGUCCCCUGCGUUGAGAUAAAGUCCAACAAUUACUUCAAGCAAUUUGUGAACUUUGGCAAAUCUUAGAUAUAUUUUGGUAUUCCCCUUAAAACUGUAAUCAGCAUGCAAAGAAGGUAGGGGCAUGGCAAUCCUUCUAUCUAUGUAGGCGGGGCGCAGUCCCAGGGUGGAGCAGUUCAGGCUGUGAACUGAGCGACUACCUGCCAGACAACAACAUCCUCUGAAGUGGUUCUCUAUUCACUCCAGGGCUGGAAACCAAACCUGCAUUUAACAAGCAGCUACAAAAUAUAUUACUGACACGGUCAAAUGACAGUCGACCCACUGUACUCGGCCAUGGCCAUCCGUAACGUGGAGGAAACGUCUCUCGCUCUGCCCACCGACAAUAAACUGAGCAUGGGACAACAGCGUGUGCUGGAUCAGGUCCGCACCUUAAACAGAAGCCAUUCGAAGAAAAACGGAUCUUUCUCUCCAACAAAUCUUCAGGAUCCAACUGAGUCUACUUCAUUCCAGUUCUUCCCGUCCAAUAGAAUGUCCAGACACAGUAACUCCACCAGCAGCUAUGGAACAACGACCCUCUUGACAAGGACCAAUAGAAACAGCUCCUUUACGAAAGGCACAACACUCCAGACAAGGACCAAUAGAAACAGUUCCUUUACCAAAGGCCCCACCCUGUUUGUCAGCAGUCAAUCGAAUAUGAGCCGGCCACCCUCUGUUCAAUCACAAAAGUCAGGCUUGCAUGAUGUGCUCAGUAUGGCUGAUCUGACCUUAAAAGAGGCAGUAGAGUUUCUGUCCAAUCCAGACGAGAAAUAUCAACAGUUUGGUGCUUCCUUCAUCCAACAAACCACCUUUAAUGACGAGCAAUCCAAGCAGGAGGUCCUGCUUCUAGGUGGUAUCUGUCCUCUAGUCGCCCUCCUUAGUAGUUCUACUUCGGCCGUCACCCAGUCAGCCUCUGCUGCUCUUAGGAACCUGGUGUUUAGAGACCAUCAGAACAAACUGGAGGUCCAACAGGCUGGAGGAUUACAACAGGCCCUGCACUUCCUGACAACCACAGACUGCACAAUGACACAAAGACAUCUGGCAGGGCUGUUGUGGAAUAUGUCAAGUGCAGAUGAGUUAAAGGAGGAGAUACUGGCUGAAGCUCUGCCUGUCCUGACAGAGAGCAUCAUAGUUCCCUUCUCCAGCUGGUCAGAGAGCACCAACAACCACAACAUACACCCUGAUGUCUUCUACAGCGCUACUGGCUGUCUACGGAACCUGAGUUGUGCCCAGCAGGAGCAGAGAAAGAGGAUGAGGGAGUGUAACGGUCUUAUUGAUUCUCUAAUGAUGUAUGUCCGGUCAUGUGUUGCAGAGGACAAGCCUGAUGACAAGUCAGUGGAGAAUUGUGUGUGCAUUCUCCAUAACCUGACCUACCAGCUGGAGGAAGAGGCCCCUCAGUGCUUCUCUCGGUUCCAUCCAACAACAGACGCUUCUUCUGUUAAGAAUGGGGGAAAAAACACGGACGUGUUUUGUUGUUCUUUAUGGGAGGAGGACUAUAACCCAGUGGGCGUGGCCUGGCUGACACAUUCUAAGGGUGUGCAGAUCUACCUAAACCUGCUCAGUUCUGCCCAGAAAGACUCCACCUUGGAGGCCUGCUGUGGGGCCCUCCAGAACCUUACUGCCAACAGAGGACUGGUGUCCAUUAUGAUGAGUCAUACCAUAGUCCAGAAGUUGGGUGGUCUGCAGUACAUCGCCCCACUCCUCCAGUCCCCCAACCCCGGCCUGCAGAAGACAGCCAUGUCAUUAGUAGGCAACCUAUCACGCACCAUCAGCAUGCAAAGCAUCAUGGCAUUGCACAUCCUGCCAGAUCUCUCUGUCCUACUGUCCUCAGGAACUAAAGGAAUGGCCAACUGUGAUCAAACCAUGGCGACCGCCUGUCAUGUACUACGGAGCCUGAUAUUAGCUGACACUGUGACCGGCAGAAAGUUCAUCACCAAACACCUGGUGACAUCACUGGCUGACCUCAGUGAGAACAGGUUGUUCCAAAAGGCCAGUAAGGCAGCCUCUCUUGUCCUCUACAACCUCUGGCAACAGAAAAGUCUGCAAAGCACUGUGAAAAAGCUGGGGAUGGCCAAGUCUCUGUUUGUCAACGAAACAACCAGGAAGGACCACAUGUCACUUCAGGUCUAGAGCAUUAUAACAGAGAGAACAGAGACAUUCCUGUACAUCUCAGCUGGGUCGAGAACUGACAACCCUUGUCACUGCUUUCAUCUGCGGCUGUGACCAAUAUAUAGUGAAGGUCAUCUGUCAACAUAUCCAUCCAAAAAGAUCAGAUGACACUAUGUAGAAAAUGAACCUAAUUCUUACAAAGAGGUUGAGGAAAGGGGUCAGAUUUAGAUGAACAGUUUUUUGAUGCUUCGAUGGACAUGAUAUAGAAAUAGUUUCUCAUGUAUGGCAGAGUAUAAGUUGUGCUUCCUCUUUUACAAGUCAUUUUGCUUUUGAGAUCACAAAGGGAUUUGACAUUAAACCAUUUCUGCUUGGCCUUUAGGUGGAUUGACUGAAUCCCUCUCUCCCUCUGCAUCUGCACAGAAUCAGCUCAUUAAGCCCCUGUACUGAAACCUGCCAUUUUAGCUUUGCUCGACAUACUGUGAUUUUUUUAUACAAUCAGAAGGAAACAUAACUACUCGUUUGCAUUGUGCCAGACUACAAGAUAAUAGAUCAGGGGUGGGCAAUAUUUUUCACUGGGGGGCCACACUGAAAAUGCUAGAAAGCAUUGUGGGCCAGAUUACUUUUU